GGGAUGAUCCCCCACGCGUAAUUCUUGGAGAAGUGUUGCCAUGGCACCUGGAUAAGGCUGCUGCGCGAUGGCAUCAGAGUUACUUCGGGAGGCGCAGGAGGGUCUCGACGAACUGCACCCGGAAGCUUUUGGCAAAGCCAGCGAGGCGCUGGACCUUUUCCGGAGAGGUGGUGACAACUUUGGGGUCUACGAUGCGCUACGGGCCAUGGUUAGCUAUCAUCGGCAAAGUGCACUAAGGGAUGGGAGAAAACCACUGGAAGCCUUGAAGUUGGCGGAGGAUCACUUGGAAGACUUCCGCAGAAGUGGGGACCACUGUGGGGAGGCCUGCAUGCUGUUGUCCUUGGCCGAGAUGAAUAUGGACCGCCGCGGGCCGAAGAAGCGCCUUGGGGCGUUGGAGAGCUGCCAACGGGCGCUCAGCAUUUUUCAGGAGCAGCGGGCUACGAAGUACGAGGUCAUGGCACAACUGAUUCUCACCAACCUUUACUUCAAGUUGGAACAGCCCCUGAAAGCUCAGCAGGCCUCCGAGGAGGCCCUCUCCAAGGCCGCCUCGCCGCGCAGCGUCGGCAAGGCGCUGCACGCCGCGGCGCUGGCGCUGGCGGCCAUGGGGCGCUACGGCGCGGCGGCGGCCAAGGCGGCCGAGGCAGCUGCGGUCUUCUGGCAGGAAGGGGAUCGGAAGAUGCAGGCCUCCCAGUUGGUCUCUGUGGCGCAGUGGUCGCUGAAGGCCUCGGACUUCUUUGCUGCGCUGAAGGCCUCCGAGGAGGCUCUAAGGAUCUUUCAGCAGCUGGGCUACGGCAAAGGUUGGCAAUCCAAAGCCUUGGGCUUUCUCUGUGAGUCGCUGGUGGCCCUAAAUCAGGCGCCCAAGGCCGCGAAGCUGGCGAAGGAGUUCCAAGCCCAGUUUGAGAAGGAUGACGAUCCCCACAGCGCGGCGCGUGCUCUGCAGUUGCAGGGCUAUUGUUGGAGUGGCAGUGGGACACCGGAGAGAGCCUUGGAACCCCUGCAGGCGGCUUCCGAAGCUCCUGUAACAGAGAAGGGAUGGCGCGCAGGCAUUUUGCAGGACCAGGCUGCCUCAUUUCUUGCUGGUGGCGAUUCCGCAGCAGCCCUGCAAAAGCUGAGCGCCGCGCUGCGCGCGGCCCGCGCCGAGACGGACCGGCGCGGGGAGGCGCUCGCCUUGCGGAGGAUCUUCCGGGUCCACUGGGAGCGGGGCGACGUGCAGGCCGCCAGAAGCGCUGCAGAGGACGCUCGGGCCGUAGCCAAGGCAUCUGGCGACACCCGCGGCGAGGCCCAGGACCUGCUGCGCCUGGCCGUCGUGCAGCAGGACUCGACGAAGGUCUUCGAGGCCAUUGAGCUCCUUUCGUCCGCGGAUGCGCGCGUGGAGGCCGAGGCCCUGAAAGUCCUCAGCGACCUGCGACGCUCCGAGGACCAGCUGGAGGCGGCCCUGGAGGCAGCGGAGGAACGUCUUCGCAUCGUCCGCGGCCUUGGGGACUUGCACUUGGAGGCGCAGGCCCUGCUGAGCGUCUCCCGGCUCCACCUGGCCCUGGGCAGCGGCGACGCCACGGCCACGGCGCUGGAGGGGCUGCAGCUGAGCCGCGGCAACGAGCCGCGGCAACGGCCGCUGCGGGUGGAGCUGCUGCUGCUGCUGGUGGAGCUGACCGUGGUGGAGCCACUGGAGGAAGCUGCUGCGCGGCGUAAGCUGCUGCGCUGGUCAGCCGAAGCCUUGGCGGUGGCGGGGAAGGUGGGUGACCAAAGCCUUAGAGCGCUGGCCUUGUACUGGCGCGCAUAUGUCUGGGGUAUCUUGGGGCGGCCCAGCUCUGGCCUGAGCUUUGCCCGAGAAGCCCGGGAUCUUUGCAUCAAGUUGGAGCACAAAGCCAGCGAGGCGCGAUGCUGGCUGAUGAUUGCACAGCUGCUCUUUGCCCAAGGUUCCCGCGAGGAGGCCUUGGAUGCCGCCAGCACGGCACAGCACUUAGCGGCCAGCUGUGGGGACUUGGAUGCCGAGGUGGAAGUUCAAAACUUCAAAGACUCGCUGAGCAAAAAGGAGCCACCUCCAGCUCCGGAGACCCCCUCAGCGCCGGGUCCAGCGGCUGCAGCGAGUCCGGAAGACGCGCCCAGUCGGGCGGAGGCGUCCUCAGGGGUCGUCAGCGGCAAGGGAAGCCUGAAACCCGAGGAGGUGGGACGGCAGCUGAUUGGUUUUGUGAAGGAGUUGACGUCUGGAACUGAAGAGGUGGAGCUAGAUACCGCCUUCAUUGACGCGGGGAUGGACAGCCUCUCGGGGGUGUCCUUGGUCAGCAUGCUGAAUCGCGACUUUCAAACAGCGCUGACUCCCUCCGUGGUCUUCGACUAUCCUACCAUUCGGAUGCUGCAAGAGUAUUUGAUCCGCGAGAGCCAGGAGUAGUCGAAAAGAAAAAAUGUCGCGGAAGGGGCGCCUAAGGCGAUGGUGUUUUUUUU